AAGCUCCACAAUUUCCCGGCGUGCUUUGCGCCUCCAGCCAUCACAAGGCAAGGCCGUCGUUUGCCCGAGCGAGCCGAGCCAAAACCAAGCGGCAAAGAUGGCGCAAUCCUUAUUUGACGCGCUAACAGUAACGAUGGACAACCAGACAGCACUGGCUGUUCAGUCCCUUCUGGACUCCCAGCAGGGUCAGGUGGCUGAGCCAACAGCAGGGCCAGGUGAUGAUGAAGACGUGUUCCAGUGUGGGAAGUGUAAGAAACAGUUCACCAGCCUGCCCACCUUCAUGAGCCACAAAAGGGAACACUGCCAGCCCAUGCCCCAACAGCAGCCAGUACGUCAGGUGGUUCCUCCCCCGGGAUCUAACCCUAACCAGAGCGCCUUCACCACCUCCCUCCCACACCACGGGCUCAACAGGCAGCCCGUCAGCAUGGUCAGCAACAUGACCCCGGUCCCAGCGGUGGCAGCGGCUUACAGCGCGGUGCCCCCCUCCCCCCUGGCACACAUGAGUCAGAACAUGGUGCUGAACGCUGACGAGAUCCUGAUGACCACCCUGUCCAGUAUGGACCAGACCAUGACCAUCCAGACCAGUCCCAACCAGUCCAUGCACAGCGGGAACGUUCAGGUGUCUGGACCAUUCAUGCAAGCUCAGGUGUCGCAGCCCCGCCCCAUGCCCAGCACCAGUCUGCAGGGGAUGAACAGUGUGAACACUGCUGUCCUCACCUCUACCAUACCUGGACAGACCUUUCAGGUACAACCAGUGACAGUCCGUGUAGCAGAGCCACAACAACAGCAACAACAACAACAUGUGAUGAUGCCGCAACAACCAGUACCGAUGAGAGCGUCACCUGCGAAAAAUCCCCCAGUUCCCAACAACAUCAAUAUCAUCACCGACGUACAGAUUCAGAACGUGUCGCAGAGCACUCCCAAACGUCGCUCCAAGUCAGGGGGAGGCGGCCAGGGCGGGGCAAAGAAACAGGGGAAGCUGAAGUGCACGUACUGCGACAAGAUGUUCUCCAAGAACUUUGACCUCCAGCAGCACAUCCGCAGCCACACGGGAGAGAAGCCGUUCCAGUGUAUCGUGUGCGGACGGGCGUUCGCGCAGAAGUCUAACGUGAAGAAGCACAUGCAAACACACAAGGUGUGGCCAUCAGGCACAGCCUGUACCCUGCCCAAGAACCCCAUCAUCGUGGAGAAGGCACUAGAGGAUCAGAACGGGGAUUCCGUGGUGGCUCCCGCAGAGAAUGUUGGGAGCAACCUUCCAGAACAAGAGGACAAGGGGAAUGGAGACAUGGGGGAUGACGAUUCCAAGGAGAGUGACAGUGCCAAAGAUGAGACAGCAGAGUCCGAUGAGAUCAAGGUCAUCAUCAACAACUCGUACCAGUGCCAUUACUGCCAGGCUACCUUCAAAACCUACUUCCAGCUAAAGUCUCACAUGACUCAGCACAAAAACCAACAGGUCUACAAGUGCAUCACCAAGUCCUGUGGGAGCAUGUUCCACGACCUGGAGGCCUUCCUGGAGCACACCAAGUCUCACGAGGAGGAGAUGACGUACCGCUGCCACAUGUGCAACAAACAGUUCCCCUCCCUGUACGAGCUGGGCGUGCACCAGUACUCCCACAGUCUCUACCCCAACCAGGGCCCGCGGCCGGGCCCCAGGUACUUCCGCUGCCCCAAGUGCAUGAACAAGUACGCUUCGCCCGAGGCGUUGGACCACCACCUCGCCACGUCCAGUCACAACUAUUCGUGCCCGCACUGCGACAAAGUGUUCCCCUGUGAGAGGUAUCUCCGGCGCCACCUCCCGACGCACGGAACCAUGGGCGACCAUGUCUGCAAUGUGUGCGAUAAGCGGUUCAAGACAGAGCACUACCUGAAGAUGCACGCACUCAUCCACACGGGGGAGAAACCCUACAGCUGCACGCAGUGCAACGCCACCUUCAACCGCAAGGACAAGUUGAAACGUCACAUGCUCAUCCACGACCCCGUGAAGAAGUACAAGUGUCCGUUCAAGACGCACACCGGCUGCACUAAGGAGUUCAAUCGGCCGGACAAGCUGAAGGCUCACAUAAUCUCCCACUCAGGCAUCAAGCCCUUCAAGUGUAAAGACUGCGGCAAAUCCUUCAGUAGGAAGCCACAUUUACAGGAGCACGAGCGCAUGCACUCUGACAACUACCCCAUCAGAUGCAACACCUGUAGAAAAGGUUUCGCCAGGGAGAAGUACCUCCGAGACCACCGCUGUCGACCCGAGGGCAGCGAAGACGACGUUGUCGUGUCGAAGAGCAAGCACGGGCGAACCAGGAAGCUGACGGCUGCCAUGAAAGAGGCCGUGGGUAACAGGAGGAAAAGAGGCGUAGGUCGGCCACGUAAAAACCAGGGCAAAGCCGCAGACACCACCAACACAGACUUAGAUAUCAUCAAAGCUCACUUGCAAAGUGAAGGAGGGGGCGAUGCGUGCCAGAGUACCCCACAGAACGAACAGGAAUGUGUCAAUGGAAACAACUCGUUACAACAGCUCCAGACAAACCAACAGACUGCGAACUCUCAGCCGGGUGGGGACGCACAUCUACAGGAUAGCGUGGUGCCCACAGGAAUAGGUAUAUCCACGCCCUCUGGCAUGGUGCAGACAUUUGUGGCGAGUGAUAACAGUGUGGUACAGAUCAACAUGGGAGGGGCGGAGGUCUUACAGCCCACACAAGCCUUCAUCGUAACACACUUGAACUUAGCACCUGGGGAGGAUGGCGUCUUAGAGGCCACCAACGAGUGCUAGAAGUAAUGCACUGUAUAUAAGAGGGCGUUGCGGCCAGAUUGUUGUAAAUUUGUAGUUUCGAAAUGUGAAUCAUGUACAUGAUGUAAUUGUGCCAUUGACUUUGAAUUAGAAUUCGGAAAUAUCACAAUAUUUGCCAAAUCCUGAAAGGAAUUGUGUGUUGAAUUUAUGGAUAACUGAAAGAUUGCCUUUUUUUAAAGAAAAAUUCUUUUUUUUUCCACAGUUUGUUGCAUUUUUUUCUUGGUAACUUUUAAAUGAAUUGAUACAGAAUUCUGCCUACUAGGAACAUGUAGGACCAAAUCAGACAACUAUACAGUCUAUGUAAUGAUGCAAAAAAUAAAACCAUUGAGGCCAAAUCUACAUUUCAGAGGAUGUAUGUUUUCCUUUGGUUAUGGCUUACUUGAAGGGGGAAAGUUCACAAAGAACCAUGACAGAAGGUUAACUGGUUGUGUUAUUUUAAAAUUUCUGUUGAAUCACUGAGCAAAAUGUAUUAGAUAGUAUUGAUAU